GCUAUAUAUAUAAGCGUAGGUACUUCCAAGUACAGGCUUUUACAGACAAAAGAAAGCAAACGCAUAAAAUCUAAGACUUCACAUGGUUUUUUUCUCCUUUCAUUAAUAAUUAAUUUAUUUAUUCCGUAAUUUCAUUUUUUUGCACUCUUUUUCUACUUAACACUUCAUUUCUCAGUUUUUGUUUUUGUCCUUUUUGUAAAUUUUUUUUCCCACUGGAACAGCUUUCGGCUAUUAUAUCUUGAUUCCUAUUGUCAACCAUGUUGCUUUCAUUUGGGAUAAGUGCUCUGCUGUUUGCAGGUACAACUCUUGCUUCUGUGCCGUACAAUCAUACAGAUGUUAGUUCUGGACAAAUAUAUCGAAUAGAUGAUGCCAAUAAACCCAUUUUUAGAAAAGAGGAAGGCUUGAUUUUUAUACCUGUUGAAUCUAAUGUUCAAGCGUUCGCUUCUUGUAAUAUAUUGAAUCCUACUUACGAUGAAUCUGAUCCGGCUUAUGCGAAAAUAGUUCAAAAGCCAAAUACGAGUGGAACGGUUCAUUUGCGGAUGGUUCAACACCCAGACUUAUUUCAAGCUUAUAAACAUGCCAUUGAUGGUCGUGAGGAUUAUAGGUUUUUAAAAAAUUUGAACCCAAAUUCUGAUGAAGAUUUUUACAAUGUUCAGUUAAAUUUUACGUCCGGUACGGAUUCAGGAUACUAUAUGACGAAAGUCACAGAACCGGGCAUGGUUUGUUUUCUUGGAUACCAGGAAGUUGACGCAACUGAAGAGCCUGACCCUAUAAUAUAUAUGCAAUACAAAUCUGGUGAAUACAGAGAUAGUGAACCAGAACAUCGUAUUUUUGUAGGUUUGUCAGUGAUUUCCGGCAUCAUAGGUUUGUUUUGGUUCGUCCGCUGCCUUUGUAACCCUAGAAAAUUCACAUUUACUCAAUCUCUUUUGUUUCUUUGGUACUUUGCAUUUCUGGCAAAUCAUCCUAUGAAACGAGCCUUGUUUACAGACAAGAAUGUUUUUAACCAUCCUUAUGGCUUCUUAAUUCCGUUAUGCUCUUACUAUUACGGUGACGGAGUCGAACGUUCUUUAUUUAAUUCGUUUGCUCUGGCUCUUGCACUCAAUAUGGGUUAUCUCCGACGUAGUUCAAAAAAGCUGGUUUUCUUGGUCAUAUUACUAGGUUGGGUUCAAUUGCUCUUCAUCGUUAUAGCACCUUUGAUUUUCCCUAUUCUUUUCUUAUUUGGUUCUCCUAAAGCAACGCCUUUGCAACUAACAUGGAUUCUAUUUAAUUAUGGCUAUCUUUUCUCACUUUUAGGAAUCAGGAUCUGCCAGGUUUACCGAAUGCGCCUCAAACUGGGGGUUGCACUUGGUGACAAAUACAUGAAAUCUAAGAAAUUUGUUGCGCUUCUAUUAUUCUCAAUAUUGGUGAGCAUGAUGGUUCACAAGCCUAUUGCACCAACUUUUGAUGUAUCUUCUGAGAUCGCGAAAACUGUUAAUGGUGUUCUGUCCUUCUGUUUUCUUGCCUGGAUCUUGAAUGCAUCUGGCAAAGUGUCGGAAGACAACGAACCAGAGAUCUUGCAAAAUCCUUACAAAGACGAUCCUGAAACGGGCUUGCUUGCUGAUGAGAAGUUUUGAGGGGUUUCACUCGCUUACAUCGUGUUCUUUCAUAUUGUUUGAGAAUCUUAAUAGUAUACUUAGCUUGCAUCAUUUACAAUUUUCAUAAAAAUAAAUCUUUAUACCAAUUUAA